AUGAAAUUAUUUACGGGCCUACUUUUAAUUGCGUUAGCUGUGGUCUUCGUCCAAGGCCGAGGCAUUUCCCUCAGUUCUCUUAAAGACGAUGCAUCUAAGAAUUCUGUAGAAGAAAGUAGCGAAGGUUCCUCAGAAGAAACAAGCGGAACGGACUCGAAUACAGAACUUCAAUUUAGCUUAUCCGGGUUACUUUCAAAAAUAUGGAAAGAUCUACACAGCCCGAAAAAAAAUGAAGGAUGUAAAGGACGUCGUUGCCCGCCAGUACGGACUCCAACAACGCUUGCGCCACCCCCUGUUGAAACCACAACUUCUACUGCUGCGCCUGUAACCAAAACACAGUCAACAACUGCAUCUUCGACUGAUGCACCUUCCACCGAGGCAUCCUCAACCGAAGCAUCUUCAACUGAUGCAAUCUCAAAUGAUGCAUCCUCAACCAACGCAACCUCAACUGGUCCAUCCUUAACCGAGGCACAAUCAACCGAAGCUUCUUCAACAGACGCGUCUUCAACGGAUGCACAUUCAACCGAGCCAUCCUCAACUGACGCUUCCCCAAGCGACGCAUCCUCAACCGAGGCUUCCUCCACUGAUGCAUCCCCAACCACGUCAUCUUCAACCGAAGCAUCUUCAACUGAAGCAUCCUCAACCAAAGCAUCCUCAGCUGACGCCUCCUCAACCGAAGCAUCCUCAACUGAUGCACCUUCGCCUGAUGCAUCCUCAACCGAGGCUUCAUCAACUGAUGCAUCCUCAACUGACGCAUCUGUAACUGACGCCUCCUCAACCGAAGCAUCCUCAACUGACGCAUCCUCAGCUGACGCAUCCUCCACCGAAGCAUCCUCAACUGAUGCACCUUCAGCUGACGCCUCCUCAACCGAAGCAUCCUCAACUGACGCAUCCUCAGCUGACGCAUCCUCCACCGAAGCAUCCUCAACUGAUGCACCCUCAGCUGACGCCUCCUCAACCGAAGCAUCCUCAACUGAUGCACCUUCACCUGAUGCAUCCUCAACCGAGGCUUCAUCAACUGAUGCAUCCUCAACUGACGCAUCUGUAACUGACGCCUCCUCAACCGAAGCAUCCUCAACUGACUCAUCCUCAGCUGACGCCUCCUCAACCGAAGCAUCCUCAACUGACGCACCUUCAACUGACGCAUCUGUAACUGAAGCAUCCUCAACUGACGCAUCCUCAGCUGACGCAUCCUCCACCGAAGCAUCCUCAUCUGACGCAUCCUCCACCGAAGCAUCCUCAACUGAUGCACCUUCAGCUGACGCCUCCUCAACCGAAGCAUCCUCAACUGAUGCACCUUCAACUGAUGCAUCCUCAACUGACGCAUCCUCAGCUGACGCAUCCUCCACCGAAGCAUCCUCAACUGAUGCACCCUCAGCUGACGCCUCCUCAACCGAAGCAUCCUCAACUGAUGCACCUUCAACUGACGCAUCUGUAACUGAAGCAUCCUCAACUGACGCAUCCUCAGCUGACGCAUCCUCCACCGAAGCAUCCUCAUCUGACGCAUCCUCCACCGAAGCAUCCUCAACUGAUGCACCUUCAGCUGACCCCUCCUCAACCGAAGCAUCCUCAACUGAUGCACCUUCAACUGAUGCAUCCUCAACUGACGCAUCCUCAGCUGACGCCUCCUCAACCGAAGCAUCCUCAACUGACGCAUCCUCAGCUGACGCAUCCUCCACCGAAGCAUCCUCAACUGAUGCACCUUCAGCUGACGCCUCCUCAACCGAAGCAUCCUCAACUGAUGCACCUUCAACUGACGCAUCUGUAACUGAAGCAUCCUCAACUGACGCAUCCUCAGCUGACGCAUCCUCCACCGAAGCAUCCUCAUCUGACGCAUCCUCCACCGAAGCAUCCUCAACUGAUGCACCUUCAGCUGACGCCUCCUCAACCGAAGCCUCCUCAACUGAUGCACCUUCACCUGAUGCAUCCUCAACCGAGGCUUCAUCAACUGACGCAUCCUCAGCUGACGCAUCCUCCACUGAAGCAUCCUCAACUUAUGCACCUUCAGCUGACGCCUCCUCAACCGAAGCAUCCUCAACUGAUGCACCUUCAACUGACGCAUCUGUAACUGAAGCAUCCUCAACUGACGCAUCCUCAGCUGACGCAUCCUCCACCGAAGCAUCCUCAUCUGACACAUCCUCCACCGAAGCAUCCUCAACUGAUGCACCUUCAGCUGACGCCUCCUCAACCGAAGCAUCCUCAACUGAUGCACCUUCAACUGACGCAUCUGUAACUGAAGCAUCCUCAACUGACGCAUCUUCAGCUGACGCAUCCUCCACCGAAGCAUCCUCAUCUGACGCAUCCUCCACCGAAGCAUCCUCAACUGAUGCACCUUCAGCUGACGCCUCCUCAACCGAAGCAUCCUCAACUGAUGCACCUUCAACUGAUGCAUCCUCAACUGACGCAUCCUCAGCUGACGCCUCCUCAACCGAAGCAUCCUCAACUGACGCAUCCUCAGCUGACGCAUCCUCCACCGAAGCAUCCUCAACUGAUGCACCUUCAGCUGACGCCUCCUCAACCGAAGCAUCCUCAACUGACGCACCUUCAACUGACGCAUCUGUAACUGAAGCAUCCUCAACUGACGCAUCCUCAGCUGACGCAUCCUCCACCGAAGCAUCCUCAUCUGACGCAUCCUCCACCGAAGCAUCCUCAACUGAUGCACCUUCAGCUGACGCCUCCUCAACCGAAGCAUCCUCAACUGAUGCACCUUCACCUGAUGCAUCCUCAACCGAGGCUUCAUCAACUGAUGCAUCCUCAACUGACGCAUCUGUAACUGAUGCACCUUCACCUGAUGCAUCCUCAACUGACGCACCUUCAGCUGACGUCUCCUCAACCGAAGCAUCCUCAACUGAUGCACCUUCACUUGAUGCAUCCUCAACCGACGCAUCCUCAGCUGACGCAUCCUCCACAGAAGCAUCCUCAACUGAUGCACCUUCAGCUGACGCCUCCUCAACCGAAGCAUCCUCAACUGAUGCACCUUCACCUGAUGCAUCCUCAACCGACGCAUCCUCAGCUGACGCAUCCUCCACAGAAGCAUCCUCAACUGAUGCACCUUCAGCUGACGCCUCCUCAACCGAAGCAUCCUCAACUGAAGCACCUUCAGCUGACGCCUCCUCAACCGAAGCAUCCUCAACUGAUGCACCUUCACCUGAUGCAUCCUCAACCGAGGCUUCAUCAACUGAUGCAUCCUCAACUGACGCAUCUGUAACUGAAGCAUCCUCAACUGACGCAUCCUCAGCUGACGCAUCCUCCACCGAAGCAUCCUCAUCUGACGCAUCCUCAGCUGACGCAUCCUCCACCGAAGCAUCCUCAACUGAUGCACCUUCAACCGAGGCAUCUUCAACUAAAGCAUCCUCAACCAAAGCAUCCUCAACUACUAGCGCGCCUUCUUCCUCAACCGCUUCAUCCUCAACAAACGCAACUACAACUAUUGCACCUUUAACCGAAGCAUCCUCAACUGGCGCAUCCUCAACCAAAGCAUCCUCAACUACUAGCGCGCCUUCUUCCUCAACCGCUUCACCCUCAACUACUGCAUCUUCAACCGAGACAACCACCACAGAGGCAUCCACCAUAGAGGCAUCCACAACAGAAAAAUCCACAACUGAUCCAUGGCCAAACUUUAGAAAACUGUGGGAUUUGCUGAAGUCUCUAUUUUCGAAUUCUAAAUUUCGAGAGAUACUUAAAAAAAUCAUUUCACUUCUAUAG